AUGAUCAUCCUCGAAGGCGCAGGAUCAAGUCUGCGAGCUUCAGCUGUCAAGGUCAUCAAGAAAGAUAGUUCAACCAGGGAAUCCAUGGCUGAGAAAGAAAUCAUUGUCUCUGGUGGUGCAUACUGCUUGCCACAUUCGACGUUCCCAUUUGGGGCCUUUGUGGUUAUGCCAGGCUAG